AUGUUUGUUUCUCUCAUGUCCCUCUACCCCAACAGUCUGUCUUUUCCAUUACGUACCCUGAAGGCUAGCGGCAUUUGGCUGCCAAACCACCUCGUAUUUUUUCUGAAAAACACAGAUAUACAACUUGUGCUUCGAAAAUCAAACCUUUGGGAAUUACGAACAUUCAUCUUCACGUAUUACAAGAUGUAUGUGUCUCUAUUUUCAGUUGUAAUUUUUACUUUUAGCCUUUGUGCACAGUCAAAUGCAAGCCCUCACAGCCACAAACAUGGAACAGAACGAGAAGUAGAUGGAGCAUAUAGUCCGAGGGAUCAUUCUCACUAUGGAGGGGAAGACCACAAUGUUGAAUUUGAUCAUGAGGCUAUCUUGGGUAGUACACAAGAAGCAGAAGAAUUUGACCAUUUGCCUCCAGAAGAAGCAAAAAAGAGAUUAGCUGUAUUGCUUACAAAAAUGGAUGUGGAUAGCAAUAAAGAAAUCACUACCACAGAGCUGAAGCAAUGGAUUCUCAGGUCUUUCAAAUCACUUUCAGAAGAAGAAUCUCGAGAAAAGCUGGCUGAAGUUGACUUAAACAAGGACAAUCAAGUAACAUGGAAUGAGUACAAAUCUGAAACUUAUGGCGUAGAUGAUGAAGUUGAAGAUGGAAUUUUUUCCGGACAAGAGCAUGUUGAAGAAAAGGCACUAAUGAAAAAUGACAAAGAACUCUUUCAAACAGCUGACAUGAAUAAUGAUGGAAUAUUAAAUUCUGAAGAAUUUUUAGCAUUUACCCAUCCAGAAGAAGCACCUCACAUGCUGGAAGUAAUUCUUAGACAAACACUUAAUGAAAAAGAUGUUAACAAGGAUGGCUUUAUAGACUUUCAAGAAUAUAUUGGAGAUCGAGGGCAAACAAAAGACAAGGCGUGGUUAAUUGCCGAAAAGGAAAAAUUUGAUCACGAGCUGGACUCUGACGCAGAUGGGCGUUUGGGUGCUAGGGAAAUCAUCGGUUGGGUCUUACCAAGCACUGAGGAGAUUGCUGGUGAAGAGGUUGAACACCUUUUUGCGUCAGCUGAUGACGACCAUGAUGGUUUGCUAUCCUUCGAAGAGAUUCUCGAACACCAUGACGUUUUCGUAGGAUCCGAAGCGACAGACUACGGAGAUCAUCUCAAUAACAUCCAUCGUUUUCAAGACGAACUUUAACAAAAGAAGAGGAUAAAAAAUGCCAUUAGCUAUGGAUGAAAUGGAUAACGUUAUUUUGCAUACCUAAUUUAUUACUAACCUUCUCCAUCGAGACGAACCUUGGAUAAUUCAUGGCUAUUUUAAGC